CCCUCGGCCGCCCCUAACGCCCCUCAGAUGUACUAUGCGGUUUCCCAGGCGCGCGUGAACGCGGCCCCCGCGACCAUGUUACGGCCACAGAGGCCUGGAGACGUGCAGCUCGGGGCCUCCCUGUAUGAGCUGGUGGGCUACCGGCAGCCACCCUCUUCCGCGUCCUCCUCCUCACCGGCCCCCCUCCUACCCAAGGCGGCGCGUGAGAAGCAAGAGGCUCCGGCCGAGUCGCGGGGCACCGGGACUGGGCCCGGCGCGCACGCAGGCGCCCGGGUGGACGCCAAGGAGGAGCAGCAGCAACAGCUGCGGCGCAAGAUCAAUAGCCGCGAGCGGAAGCGCAUGCAAGACCUGAACCUGGCCAUGGACGCUCUGCGCGAGGUCAUCCUGCCGUACUCAGCGGCGCAUUGCCAGGGCGCGCCGGGCCGCAAGCUCUCCAAGAUCGCUACGCUGUUGCUCGCCCGCAACUACAUCCUGUUGCUGGGCAGCUCGCUCCAGGAGCUGCGCCGCGCGCUGGGCGAGGGCGCUGGGCCCGCCGCGCCGCGCCUACUGCUGGCCGGCCUGCCGCUGCUCGCCGCCGCGCCUGGCUCUGUGCUGCUAGCGCCCAGCGCCGUAGGGCCCCCUGAUACGCUGCGCCCAACCAAGUACCUGUCUCUAGCGCUCGAUGAGCCACCCUGCGGCCAGUUCGCGCUCCCCGGAGGUGGCGCGGGCGGCGGCGCGGGCGGCCCGGGCCUCUGCACCUGCGCGGUCUGCAAGUUUCCGCACUUGGUCCCCGCUGGUCUGGGCCUGGCUACUGUGCAGACGCAGUUCUCCAAGUGA